AGUGGCCCCACCUGGGCAGCUUUCUUUGAGUUUAACCAAGACGCGUUUACCUGACGCAUUCUCCCGGCUUUCUCAGCCUGAAGAACACGAGCAGGUGAUCUUUCGGGAACUUCAAUGUUCGUUUGAAUUAAUCGACCUCUUAGUCUCGAAUUAUUUUUCUGAAAAAGCUGAUAUUCGCUUUUCGGUCAUCCAGGCGUCCAAAUGACCGACUCUGUAGACACCAGAGCUCUGGAUGCCGCCAGCGCGCUGGACGAAGCUCCCCAAGACGAGGCGGCACCGUCACAUAGAGACAAUACUGUUCAUAUACCUGAAGACAAUUGGUAUGGCGGGCUGAAACUGAUUUCCACCUUGGAACUCGAUGGCGCUUCCUCAGAAGACGGAUAUCCGGAUAUUGAUGUCGUCCAUGUGACCGGAAUGUUUGGCGAAGAACAAAAGCUGCGUAUCCACUCAAUUAUCAACUUCAAAACCUUGUGCAGAGAGUUCAUGUUUAUCUGCAAUGUCGCGCAUUUUCUUCUUGGGGAUUUCACGCGAGAGGCAAUUGAGACCGUGGCCCUUCGUCUGCUGGACAGCCUGGUCCGCCUGGAGGAUAAAGAUACUUCGGAGAGAACCAGGCCGCCGAACCGUGCCAUCGUCUUUGUGGCCUAUGAUCUCGGGGCCGUGAUCCUCAAGAAGGCCCUUUCUAUAGCAUCAAGAGACAUAUAUAAAUGGCCCGACAGAUGUAGAAACUCGGCAAGGGUGAUUUUCUAUGGUGCUCCCCAGCGAAGCGACAGCCUUCGUGUCAUGGAGGCCAAGUUGUUCCAGUUUCUGCGCGAUCGCGAAGCUGAUUCUUGGAGGAACAUGCUCACGCCAUCAUCCAUCAGAAGGCUUGCCCAAGCAACGCUGGGAUCAACGGAGGAGUUCCUGUCCUCCAAAUUCACGCUACGGGGCUCCAUAAUGAGCUUGUAUGCACAUGCAGAGAGCCCUCGCAGCAUAAACCCUGUGUUUGACGAGGCCACGGCCACUUUGGGUGUGCCGCGGGAGAUUUCACUACGAGAGCAGGGCCAGGACGACGAUGACGCAUUCCCUACUCUGGCCACCAAGAUGUGUCAGUAUGUCGAGUACUGGGUUGCCAAGCCGGAUUGGGUGCGUGUCGAGGAGGCUCUGCUUUCCAUGUCGGCCCCUCCUGGCCGGUUCAAAACUAUCAAGCGCUUGAAUUUCCACCCAACCGUGAACGAUAAGCACGAUAUAUGGGUCAAGGAGCGGGGUCAUAGCUUAAUGUACAUCCACGGCACAAACAGAGCUGCUGUAACGAGCGCGGCCGAGCAGCUCAUCGCGGUAUGGAAAGAGGAUCAGAAAGAGAGGUUCAGCAGCCCGUACGACGUGUGGUCCUUCACAUUUUCUUCCAAGGAUCCUCUGCGCAACUCGGCCUCCUGCAUGGCUCUCAGUCUGAUCACUCGGGAUCUCAUCUCCAGCCGCGAUGAUAUCCUCUAUCUCCUGGUCGAGGACCAGUUCCGCCUGCAGAAUGGGUGGGGCGAACAGGAAGCGCUGAAGUGGCUAAUGUGCGGAUGGUGGCCGUCCACGAGGGCCGGCGUCUGCGUCCUGCUCCAGGACUUCGACGAGUGCGACGAGCAGAGCCGGGACGCCUUCCUCAAGCUUUUCAAGCUCAAAGCCGAGGGCAGAGAAGACACGCUUAAGCUUCUAGUGACGUCUCGAGUGCCGAGCGCCCUCACGAGCGAGCUGAACGGCUGUGCAGAGCUGAAUAUUGACCGGACUGACACUGACAUUCCAAAGCCUCCAGUGAGUGGAAACGAAGUAGCAAAUCCCGGUGCUUCACCACAUGACCCGGUCGAUUCGCUGGCGUAUCUAUGCCCGACUAGUACUUACGGGGCAAGACUCACGAAAGCCCUAAAACAGCUGGAAGCAAUGGGCGCCGACAGGUCGGGCCACCUUCUGGAGCUCGCCCAGAAGCACUCGGCCUGGAGUGAGGAGCCUUCCACUAGCUCGCUGACCAAGUUUCUGGAUCUCAUAGAGUGCGUAUCCCCGUCAACGACCGGGGCUGACAUUGUGGCUCGGAUCAUGAAUACUUUGCCUAACGUUGGGGCUGCACGGUGGAUCCUCAAAUGGCUGCUGAACAGCCAACGACCCCUGUUGAUAGGCGAGCUCGCCACCAUUCUCUAUCUCCAGCCGAAAGAAGGCACAAUUAUGUCGUCCGAGACGACGCUUGGAGACAUAAUCCAAGCCAUUGACAAUAUUUCCGAUUGGUUUAGGGGUCUCAUCGACAUUAACUGCGAUCAGGUGCUAGUACGGGAUUUUGUCUGGAGCAUGUUGAAGGACAACAAAGGCGUGGAGCAGCACUUCUUGACAGAUAUUGGCGACCAGGCGCACUCGAGCAUCCUCGAUUUCUGCUUUAAUUAUCUUGGCGACUCGAAUGUGCAAAGACGGGCCAUUUCCAACUAUGAACCGUACCUCGCGCGGGUUCAAGCAGCAGGCGACAGCAUCUACCCCCCCAUGAUCUCCAACGGGAGAGAUCCGCUUUCAUACAUCGUCAUGGCCUUCCCGCAUCAUUUAUCACGCGCUCCCGGGGGCCGGGGCAAGCUCUCAGGGCUGCUACUGAAAGACCAGAAUGGGCCUCUGGAACUGUGGUCGAAGCUGUGGUGGGCAAUGAGCAGCCCUCUGACAAGACCGAGGAGGCCGUGCCCGUCUGCCUAUCUAACACUCGCCGGCCUCGGUCUUGCUGAUUACCGCCAGCCGCUUAUUUCGAAUGAAGAAAGGUGGGGAAUCCUUGUGCAGGCCGCGAGGAACAACAACAAGGAGAUAGUGAUAGACCUGCUUCGCACCGAGAAGGACUGCCCGCUCUCCACACUCACCGAUGCCCUUGAGGGGGCAACUAAGGCUGGCUCCGAAGAGAUGGCGCUCUCGAUCAUGGCUAAGGUGCUCCCGCACCGACAACAGGCCGUACAGCAGCAGCCCCUUGAGGCCCGGGUGAAUACCCCUUGGCCCCCCUGUCUGCUUUGGAGAGCGACGUGGCUCAACAUGACCGAUCUUAUGGAAUCGCUCCUGAACAAUGACAUGGAGGCAGAUCCUAAGGGUAUAUUCGGGAGGCUUUUUCCUUCGCCGCUGUACAUGGCGUCGCGGGUCGGAAACGCCGCCGCCGUCGACAUGCUGCUGGAGGCCGGCGCUGACACCGCCGUGCUGAGGGCUGACAAGUACAGCUCCCUGAUCGCGGCCGCUGGCCAUAUAGAAGUUAUCAAUAUACUGGUGCCUAAGGCACGCAAGCUGCUGGAAAUGGGACAACUGUAUAGGCCGCUCGGAAUCGCGACGGUCGACGCCGAGUGGAGGGCGGCAACCGCCCUCCUCGACCUCGGGGCCGAUCCGGAUGUCGGCAUCAAGCCCAACGACGAUGUCGAAUACGGAUUCUGGGCCCCCCUCUGCUCGGCCGCCUCCUGGGGCCAUAUUAAGACGGUUCAGGCGCUGCUCGAGCACGGCGCCGAUGCCAACGUGCAAGGCCCCUGGAACCAGGACACGCCCCUCUGGUUCGCCACCAUUGGCUCCGCCAGUGUUCCUUGCUGCCGAGCCCUCCUCGACCACAAGGCAGAUCCGAACCACAAGCUAUUGAGUCCGCCCCUUAUGAUCGACCUCGUGAACUCAGAGCGAUCUAGCGAGGAGGUCAUUGCUGUCUCGGAGCUAUUAGUGAGCCACAGGCCCCCCAUUGAUGUUGAAAAGGCCGACUCGGCUGGCCGGACUGCCCUCAUGCACGCGUCGAGGAGCAGCGAUCCAGCCCUGGUCAAGUGGUUGCUUGAGCACGGCGCUUACGCCAACUCUGUGGACGACAAAGGGUGGACGCCGCUGUUCCAUGCCACUGAAGCUGGGCGGCUCGAGACGGUCGAGGAGCUGCUCCAGUCCAAGUGGAAGCCAAACCUCAUGCUCACCGCCCCCAAAGAGGGUGGAAAGUCUCUCCUUCAGGUGGCGUUUGAGGCAGGCAACAACCAGCUAAUCAAGAGGCUGCUUGAGGCCGGAGCCGAUCCCGAGCUUGAGCUGGUCGACCGCUUGACGCUCAUAAACGUCGCCACAAAAGCGGGCGAGACCGAGGUUGUGAAGAUGCUGAUCGAGCACAAGGUGGAUCUCGACCACGCCGACCGGUUCGGGUGGACCCCGAUGUGCGAAGUCGUUGGCUACAAGCCCAAUGCCAAAAUCGCGCGGCUCCUGGUAGACGCCGGUGCCAAUGUCGGACAUAUAAUGGAGAAUAGCGGCAGGAACCUCAUGCACCUCGCCAUGGGACAAGGGGAUCCUGAGGUUAUCCGCAUCCUCUUCGAGUUCCCCAAGGCCAUCGACAUAGACCACUGCGACAACUGGGGCUACACGCCUCUCUUUUGCGGCCAGAAGCCCGAGGCUGUCAGGCUGCUGAUUAGGGCUGGGGCUAAUUUCAACGCGCAGAACUCGAAGGGGGUGACACCACUGAUCUACGCCAUAGAAAACAAAGCGCCUCUCGAGACCGUUGACCUCUACCUGUCCCAGCCGCAGUUGGACCUCGCAGUCUGCUCCAAGAGUGUGGGCAGCGCUCUGCACAUGGCCUGCCGCAUGCUCAACGGCGACGCCGUCAAUAAGCUGGUCGCCCAGGGAGCCGACGUCAAUCUUCAAGCACCCGUGGUCGGCUCGUCGCCGCUUAUUAGCGCCUGCGCACCCGUGUAUUGGAUGACCGCGGAGCAGCGCGGCAGUGUUGACGAGAUCGUGAGCGUCCUGCUCGGGGCCGGCGCCGACGUCAACGCCGUCGCCGCCGGCGCCCGGUACACCUUUUGCACUGCCCUGAGCGCUGCCGCGUUCUGGGCCAAGCCAUCGACCAUCAAGAUGUUGCUGGACCACGGCGCUGACGCCGGCUUGCAAGACCGGCUCGGGAGGCAGGCCAUCCACUUCGCCGCCGCCAACGGCGCCGACAACCUGCGAGCGGUGCUGGGCGGCCACCAGGGCAGCGUUGCCGUUGCAGACUGCUUCGGCAAGACGGCUCUGCACUGGGCGGCGCAGCUGGGGCGGCUAAAGGCGCUGGAGAUGCUCCUGUUGGCCAUGGACAGGCGCGAGCGCCUGCGUUGCGUGGACGAGCCGGAUGUUGACGGCUGGACGCCGCUGUGCUGGGCGAUGCGAAUCUUCACCAUUGAGUCGAUGAGCUUUGUGGGCAAGGGUUCCGACUAUAAGGGCGUGGUGCAGUGCCUGCUCAACAACGGAGCCGACCCGCACGUUCAGUGCCAUGUGCGCCAGGGAGAGGAACAAGAAACCUUUACGCUGCUCCAGCUCGCCCAUCUGUACAAUGUCGACGACUGCAUCAUGGCCGUGGUCCGGGACAGCUUGAACGGUCAGACGGGGGCUUCCGCUGCCCAGAGCAAGACCGAAGAGGCCGCUACUAAGCAGUACACACGUUCCGACUUGAUUUGUGAUGUUUGCUUUUGUCAAAUCUAUGGACUUGGGUACGCCUGUAGCGCGUGUGAUGAUUUCGACGUCUGCAAAAAGUGCUAUGGCCGAAUCGAUGACUAUCACGGAAGCUUUGAGGGAGACGAGGGAGCGAUGCACACAUUCAGCGCCCGUACAGACAGAGAUGAGUUUGUGCAGGCAUCGGAACUCGCGCCGAAACCAAAGAUUGCAGAAGACACGACGGAUAUCGAGCAAAGGGGCGAGGAAGGAGUUUCCGUGAACCCUGCAGACAGUAGAACCGGGCAACCAGAAAGCACGAAGGAGGGCGACGAAGACAACAACAAUGAAGACGACGAAGAGGGUUGGGGGAACCAGGUGGAAGAGGAUUUCGACUUCUUCACGCGACCUUAACACAAUUAGAAAAUUAGCCACGCUUGCUGUCAGGCAGCCGAAAAAUCCUACUUUGCCCCUUGGUAACUAG